AGAGAGAUAAAAAUGGAGGUUUCAAAAAUACUUCAUAUGAAUUCAGGAGUUGGAGACGAAAGCUAUGCCAAAAACUCUUUACUUCAGCAAAAGGUAAUAUGCUUAGUGUGGCCAAUCAUCAAGGAAGCUCUCGAAGACUUUUGGAGUACUCAAAAUAUUCCAACCACUUUCACAAUAGCAGAUUUGGGAUGUUCUUCAGGACCAAAUACUCUUAUGAUUAUCUCUAAUUUAAUCAAACAAGUGCAACAAUUACACAAAGACCUCCACAAUAAACCAUUCGACUAUCAAAUCUUCCUCAACGAUCUACCCUCAAAUGAUUUCAAUACCAUUUUUAGAUCGUUGCCAAAUUUCUUGGAAGAUUUGAAGACUCAAAUUGGAGCUGAUUUUGGAAGAUGUUUCUUUAAUGGCGUGCCAGGUUCUUUUUAUGGCAGACUAUUUCCCAACAAAAGUUUGCAUUUUGUUCAUUCUUCUUAUACUCUCCAUUGGCUGUCUCAGGUACCCGAAGGGAUGGAGAUAAUAAACAAAGGGAAUAUAUUCAUAGACAGUACAAGUCCAAAGAAUGUGGUUGAAGCCUUUUACAGACAAUUUCAAAAGGAUUUUUCACUGUUUUUGAAGUGUCGUGGAGAAGAAGUAGUAAUUGGUGGACGAAUGGUUCUUACCUUCUUAGGAAGAACAGAUGAAUAUCCAUCAAACAAAGAUUAUUGUUAUUGUUUAAAAUUUUUGAAUUUAGCUCUCAAUGACAUGGUUAGAGAGAGGAUCAUUACAGAAGAGAAAGCUAAUAGAUUUAAUGCUCCAACCUUCAGACCAUGUCCAGAGGAAGUAGAAGCAGAGGUUUUAAAAGAAGGAAGUUUCAUCAUCAAUGAAUUUCAAGUCUCAAGAAUUGAUUGGAACUUCUACAAUAUUGAAUUUGAUGCAUCAAAUGUGUUUGUUGAUGGCAGUUAUAAUUUUGCAAAAGGUAUUAGAUCUGUGUAUGAACCACUUUUGAUUCUUCACUUUGAAGAAGCCAUUAUCGAAGAAUUAUUUUACAGGUAUAGACAAAUUGUCAAGGAUGAGAUGUCCAAAAGAAAGUGUGAGUUUGUAAACCUCACUAUUUCCCUUAGUAAGAUUUAAAAUGAUCGGAAAUUAAAGAGAUGAUAUUAUUGUGUUGUU